AUGCUAUUUUUAGAUGACGAUGGAGGUGAACCCAUCGAGUAUUAUGAAGUCGAGAAGUUGGACACGGACACAGGACGCUGGGUACCUUGCGCAAAGGUGAAAGACACUAAAGCUCACAUUGACGGACUGAAGAAGGGUCAGACCUAUCAGUUCAGAGUGAAGGCAGUGAAUAAGGAGGGCGCAUCAGAUCCUCUGACUACAACAGAAGCAACCAAGGCGAAAAAUCCUUACGAUGAACCUGGAAAACCGCACACCCCAGAAGUGACUGAUUGGGAUGCCGACAGGGUUUCUCUGGAGUGGCAACCACCAGAUUCUGAUGGAGGAGCUCCUAUCACUCAGUACAUCAUUGAGAAAAGAGGAAAGCACGGACGCGAUUGGCAGGAAUGCGGAAAGGUAUCCGGAGAUGAAACUACUGCCACGAUUUUGGGAUUAAAAGAAGGAGAAGAGUACCAAUUCCGAGUGAAAGCUGUUAACAAAGCUGGUCCUGGAGAGGCGUCCGAUCCAAGCCGAAAAGUUAUAGCCAAGCCCAGAAAUCUGAAACCGUGGAUUGACCGCGAAAAAAUGAAGACGAUGACAAUCAAGGUAGGACACGACAUCGUAUUCGACGUGCCUGUCCGUGGUGAACCUCCUCCACAGAAGACGUGGAUGUUCGCAGAUAAACCGAUUGAUGAAUCCAAGGUCAAGACUACAAGACCAAUUUGGUGCUUCGAAAUGCAACUCGCGCUAAUGCGGGGAAGUACACACUUCACUGCGAAGAACGCAAGUGGUAUGGACACCCACAGCGUUGACGUCAUUGUUCUCGGACGACCAAGCGCUCCAGAAGGACCUUUGGAAGUCAGCAAUGUGUUCGAGGAUAAAUGCGAUUUGGCAUGGAAGCCACCAGCGGACGACGGCGGACUGCCGAUUGACCAUUACGAUAUCGAAAGGCUAGAUGAAGCCACUGGCAGAUGGGUACCAUGCGGCCGUGCCGAAGGCACCAAAGCCACCGUCACCAAUCUGCAACCGGGACAUCAGUACAAGUUCCGCGUUCGAGCUGUGAACAAAGAGGGCGAAUCUGAUCCACUGGCAACUGAUCAUUCUAUCCUUGCCAAAAAUCCUUACGAAGUUCCUGGAAAAAUGGACAAGCCUCAAGUAACUGACUGGGAUAAGGAUCAUGCUGAUUUGGAAUGGAAACCACCAGCAGACGAUGGUGGUGCACCAAUCGAGGAAUAUGUGAUCGAGCAAAAGGACAAGCAUGGACGAUGGGAACCAGUGAUGACUGUCCCCGCUGAUAAAACUACGGCUACUGUUGGAAAUCUGAAAGAAGGCGAAGAGUAUCAAGUUCCGUGUCAUUCCCAAGAACAAAGCUGGCUUGGGCGAACCUUCUGA